AUGGAAGAAAAUCAACAUAAAUUGCGUAUAGUACCACAUCUUGAUUCGAGCAGCGCACUUGUGUUUCCAAUCAUGGAGUUUACGCUGAACGGCUCAGCAGUUGUACAUAUUGGACGCUCCAUUGCUGUUGAAAACAAUAAAAGACCGCAACCACCAUCAGCAAAGCAAAUGACUUUUAGGAGUAAGGUUGUAAGCAGAACACACGCUGAGAUAUUUGUGCAAGGAAGCAAGGUCUAUAUCCGUGAUUUGGAGUCUUCUUCAGGCACAUUUCUCAAUAGCAGACGACUGUGUGGCCCCAACCAAAGAUCACAGCCAUUUCAGCUCCAUGACAAUGAUAUAAUUCAACUCGGCGUGGACUAUCAAGGAGGAACCCAAGAGAUUUACCGUGCUGUAAAGAUGCGAUUGGAACUGAACAAGAAUCAACAUCAGAUUGAAAAUAUGAACCGAUACAAUUUGCAAACCUACAAUUCUCUGCGCAAUUUAGCCACACCACCCAACCAUAUUUCCACUCUUACCCAAUCGAUGGAACGGAUCGAAUUUGGCGCAUUAGGCAACAGCAGCAGCAACAAGCAGGAUCAAAAAGAAGAAAACGAAGAGGCAGAUGAGGAUAUUCAUGUGGAUGAGUGCUGCAUUUGCCUAUUUGCCAUUGCACCAUUCCAGGCACUCUUUGUUGCACCUUGUUCUCACACAUUCCAUUACAAGUGUCUGCGUCCAUUGUUGUUGAAUCAUCCCGGGUUUGUAUGUCCAUUGUGUAGAAAUUAUGCGGAUUUGGAUGCAAGUGUGUCUCUUGAAGUAGACGAAGUCAAAUCAAUGCUAAAGACAAUGAAGAGAACAAACAAAGCUAGAUCGCAAGACGAAUGA